AUGCUGCGGUGCCACGUGGUCGCCGUCCACAUUCCCGGGGCCACCGGCUUCGGUCCCGGUGUCCUGCUGUCCGUCUGCUUCCGAGGUGUCCCCAGGAGAACCCAGGUGGUGCCCGAGGAGCGCAGCCUCACCUGGAAUGAGGAGCUGGUGUGGCCGCUGGACACGCGUCCCCUGAGUGCCACGGACACGCUGGGCCUGCGCCUGCGCCGCGGGGACUGCCCGCUGCCCCAGGGGGACCUGGGUGCCACCACGGUGUCGUUGGGCCAGUUGGUGGCCAACCCCGGCCUGCCGAUGGCCGUCAGGGACAUCCCGCUGCUGGACCACCGGGAACGGCCCACGGGGUGCACCGUCACCCUCCGCUGCCACCACGACCCUCGCGGCGAGGCCGGGGACGUCGCUGUCACCACGGAGCACGCCCAGGUGGCCCUGGAGCCAGCGGGGGUGGCACCCGCCGAGAGGAAAGAGGAUUUCCAGGUCCGGGUGAGGGUCAUCAAGGGCCGCCAGCUGCGGGGCAAUGACAUCAAGCCCGUGGUGAGGGUGCAGAUCGGGAAGCAGACCUUCCGCAGCCGCAGCCGCAGCGGGAACGACCCCUACUUCAACGAGGUGUUCUGCCAGAAUUUCCGCCUGACGCCGGAGCAGCUGGUGGCACUGCCCAUCCAGAUCCAGGUGCUCCGUUCACCAAACAUCUGCACCAAGCCCGUCAUCGGCACCUUCGAGCUCGAUGUCGGCACCAUCUACUGUGCCCCAGGGCGCAGCCUGAGCGGGAAGUGGCUGAGCCUGCAGCACCCGCGGCACCGCGACGGCCGCUCGCAGGGCUUGCUGCAGGUCAGCCUGCUGGUGCGCCGCGCCGGCGAGCGCGCCCAGGAGCAGGAGGUGCUGGCGGGGGACGAGGACGUGGAGGCCAACCUGCUGCGGCCACCGCCCUGCGCCACCACGCUGCAGAUCCGCGUGUUCCGCGCCGAGGACCUGCCGCGGGGUGGGGACAGCGCGGUGGGGCGUGGGGACAGCGGGAACUGGGCGGAGCCGGCUCGGCCGUGCCUGGGCGGCGCCGGGGGCUCGCUGAAGGUCUCGGUGCGGGUCGGCUUUGCGGGCAGGACGCUCUGCACCCGCGGGGUGCCCGCCGAUGGCAGCGCCGAGUGGAACGAGGUUUUGUUCUUCCCGCUGCGGCUGCCCCCCAUCUGCGACGAGAUCCUGCUGGAAAUCCUGCGGGGGUCGUGCCGCAGCAAAGCCGUGGGCAGGGCCACCCUGAGGCUGUCCCAAAUCUCCCGGGAACCCGACGAGCUCGAGGAGGGGACCCCCGGGUUCUUCCCCUCCUUCGGGCCCAGCUUCCUGCCCUUCUACGGCCCCCGGCCGGACGCUGCCAGGCCCGGCCUCGUUUCCCAGCACUCGGGGCCGGUUUACCGGGGCCGGCUGCUGCUGGAGCUCUGCACCCACAUGGGGACCCCCCCCGGGCGCCAGCGCGACUCCGUGGCCCCCGUGGACGCCGAGCGGGCGCAGAGCCGCCUGCCCCGCUGCCGCCUGGGGCUCUGCGGGGUUUUCUACUCGGCCACGGCGGUGCCGGGCGGCCCCGAGGCGCUGAGCCUGGAGCUGGGCAUCGGGAACCUCUACCACCACCUGCCGUGGUUUGGGGACAAACCGGUGGCCGCUGUCACCUCGCUGUGGGAGGACGCUGGGCACCGCUGGGACAGCCUGAACCUCCUGCGAGCCCUGUGCCAGCGCCUGGAGAGGAACCUGGCCAAGCUGCAGGGACACGGCGGGGACACCGCCAGGGACAGGGGGACGAAGCUGCUGCAGGAGCUGGAUCGGGACUGCGAGGCCGCCCUGCAGUGCCUGGAGGCUCAGCCCGCUCUGACCGCCCUGGACCAGCAGCUCCGGAGCUGCCGGCGCCGCCUCCUGCGGCGGCUGCGACGCGAGGCCGGGGCCGACAGCGGUGGCCGGCACGGGGACACCUUGGGGACAGUGGCCCAGGGGUGGCUGAGGCGCGCGGCCGCGCUGGCCGUGGAGGUGACACCGAAAACCCCAAAUUGGGACAAAUCCCAACCCCACAGUGCCGCGGUUGGGUGUGCCCAGCGUCCCUUUGGGGCAGUUCCCGUCCCCGUUCCGGCGCCGCUCUCACGCCUGUCCCCUGUCCCUGUGUCCCCGCAGCCCCAGGCCGGUGUCCCCGACGUGCAGCUGUGGCUGCUGCGGGGCCAGCUGCGGGUGGCCUCGGCCCGUGUCCCCGCCACCGAUGUCCUGCACUCCCCGCGCGGCCCCGGCGCCUGCGGCCGCCUGUGCGGGAGGAUCCUCACCCUGUUCCUGGGCUGCGGGGACACGCAGGCCCAGGUGCGGGUCCGGCUGUGGCUGGGGCGAGUGGCCGAGAGCGGCGAGCUGGCCCGGCUGCUCGGGGGGAGCCUGCGCUUCUACAGCGAGACGUACGAGAACCAGACGCGGCUGUUGGGGAAAUGGGGACCCCGGAGGCUUUGGGGGCGCCCCGCGUUCUCCGACAGCUCCGGCCGGGCCGCGCCCCCCCCGGACGAGCUGCGGCCCCCCAAGGGCUGGCGCUGGGACGGGCCCUGGAGCGUGGAGCGGCCGCGGCGGGCGCCGGUGCAGGCGGAGGGCGCGGAGAGCGCGGUGCUGGAGGAGCUCUACGAGAACCAGAGCCGCGACCCCAGCGGGGGCUGGGCCAGCACGGCCAGCACGGACGCCGUGAGUGGGGGACAGCGUGGGGACAGCGCCGGUGACACCGGAGUGUCGCGGCUCAGCGCCCGCCUGGUUUUGCAGAAGGGAGUGGCGGUGCCACCGAAGGAGGAGGUGGCGUGUCCCCAGGGCUGGAGCGUCACCAGCGACUGGCAUGUGGACGUGGAGGGGGCCGUGGAUGAGGACGGUUGGCAGUACGGCGUGGGCACGGACGAUGGCAGCCCGCCGGCAGCGUGGCACGGCAAGGGACAGCAGUGCCACACCGUCCGGCGCCGGCGCUGGGUGCGGGUCCGCCACAGGGACAGCGACAGCCGGACACGGGAGCAGGACACGGACACCCGCAGCACCCUGGACCCCGAGGAGCUGUGGGAGGACGAGGCGUGGCAGCCCGAGUGCUUUUGGGGCUGCACCUUCCAGCCCAAGGUCCCGGCCGGUCCCCGGUGCCGCCGACGGCGCUGGCAGCGCAGCCUGGUGCCCGCCGAGCCCGCGGCCGUGGCACCGCUCUUCCUGCUCCAGGGAGCCCCGGACAUCGAGGAGCUGGCCCAGGACAGUCCAGAGGUGGCCCUGCAGCAGCCGCCCCCCUUCAUCCUCUGCACCUUCCAACGGCCCGGCCGCUUCCAGCUCCGCUGUUACAUCUUCCAGGCGCUGGAUCUGGCGCCCGGCACCGCCAGAACCUCCAUAGGUGGGACCCCCCCCGCCCCCCGGGCACCGCCCCGCCGGCCGCCCGGGGCGCUGACGGUGUCGCUGUCGCCAGAUGCCACCGCGCACGUGUCGUUCGUGUCGCGGAGCCAGCGCACGCGGGCGGUGCGCGGCGCGCUGGACCCGCAGUGGGAGCAGACGCUGCUCUUCCCCCGGGUGCCGCUGUUCGGGGACCCCCGAGGCGUCCGCCAGGACCCCCCCGCCGUGGUGGUGGAGGUGCGCGACCAGCGGGGACAGGGCACCGCGGCGCUCCUGGGCCGCUGCGUGUGCGCCCCGCGGGUCUGGCUGGACGCGGCGCUCCGGGAGCCGCCCCGGCUGCAGCCCCACCCGCUGCGGGGCCCGCGGGGCCCGGCCGGGGAGCUGCUGGCCGCCUUCGAGCUCCUGCUCGAGCCCGAGGACGGGUCCCCGGCUCCGCUCAGCCCCCCGCCCCUGAGGAAGGACGGGUUCGGCAUCCCCCCGGAGCUGCGGCCGCGCCUGCAGAGGGUGGCACUGGAGGUGCUGGCCUGGGGGCUGCGGGGGCUGCGCGGGGCCGUGCGGGAGCCGCGGCUGGAGCUGCAGUGGGGGGAGCAGAGCCUGUGGACCCCCCCGAUCCAGGACGUGGCCGCCAACCCCAACUUCUCCAGCAACGCCUUCCUGCUCACCCUGGUGAGGGGGGACGGGGCAGGGGAGCGGGCCUGGCCGUGGCCGCGGGUGACCGGGCUGUCCCCGCAGGCGCUGCCCGAGGAGGAGCGGUUCGUGCCGCCCAUCCGCCUGCGGCUCUGGCACGGCGCGGGCUCCGAGCGGCGGCUGCUGCUGGGCCAGGCCAGCGUCAGGGAGCUGGGCCGGUUCCGCUGCCCCCCGCCCCGCCAGGAGCAGCUGCUGGGCUCCGGCAGGCCCGGCAACGGCUCUCACACGGUUGUGUCAAUGCCAGACGAGCUCCUUUCCGUGCCCGUCUCCUCCAGCCCCUGCAGACGCUGGUGCUCCCUGUUCCUGGCCACAGCCCCGGCCAGGAUGGCUCAGGACCUGCUGGGCUACCUCAGGAACAAGCGGGCUGAGGAUGAGAUCUACGGCUGCGAGCUGGAGGCCGUGCCCGACUUCGAGGGGCUGCAGGAUUUCUGCCAGACCUUCCCCCUGUCCAAACCCGGCCGCGCCCCCGAGCCCGUGGGCAGCUUCAAGGGGCUGUUCCGCAUCUACCCCGUGCCCGAGGAGGCCGGGGCGGCCCCGGCGCCGCGCUGCUUCCAGCGGCUGCCGCCCCGCCAGCCGCAGCCCUGCCUGGUGCGCGUCUACGUCGUGCGAGCCUUCGAUCUGUCCCCCCGCGAUGUCACCGGGCUGAGCGAUCCCUACGUGCGGGUGGCGCUGGGCAAGCAGACGCUGGGACAGCGGGACCAGUACGUGCCCAACACCCUGGAGCCCGUCUUCGGCAGGAUGUUCGAGCUGACCGCCACCAUCCCCCUGGAGAAGGACCUGCGGGUGACAAUCAUGGACCACGACAAGGUGCCCCCGGACCAGGAGAUCGGCAGCACCACCAUCGACCUGGAGGACCGGCUGCUGUCCCAGCACCGCGCCCGCUGCGGGCUGCCCGCCCUGUACCGCACCGCGGGCCCCGCGUGCUGGCGGGACCAGCUGUGCCCCAGCCGGGCCCUGGAGCUGCUGGCGGGCACCCGGGGGCUGCCCGGGCCCCGCUUCAGCCGCGGCGGCACCGCCCUGAGCCUGGCCGGGCAGCGCUUCCAGCUGGGCCACUUCGAGCGGGGUCACCCCCCGCUGCGCCACGCCGGGGCCCCCCGGGAGCGCCUGGCCCUGCACGUGCUGAACCUGUGCGGGCUCGUCCCGGAGCACCUGGAGACCCGCGGGCUGCAGAGCCGCGCCCAGCCCGGCCUGGAGCAGGGCAAGGUGCAGAUGUGGGUGGACAUUUUCCCCGCCAGCCUCGGACCCCCCGGGCCCCCCGUGAACAUCGACCCCCGCAAGGCCGAGGGGUACGAGCUGCGCUGCGUGGUGUGGAACGUGCGGGACACGGACCUCAGGGACGUCAACCUGCUGGGCCAGCGCAUGAGUGACAUCUACGUGUCCGGGUGGCUGGACGGGCUGCCCGAGCAGCGGCAGCACACCGACAUCCACUAUCGCUCCCUGGACGGCAGCGGCGCCUUCAACUGGCGCUUCGUGUUCCCCUUCGAGUUCCUGGCGGCUGAGAAGCUCUGCGCCAUCCGCCGCAAGGAGCACGUGUGGAGUUUGGACGAGACGCUGCUGAAGGUGCCGCCCAAACUCAUCCUGCAGGUGUGGGACAAUGACAAGUUCAAGGCGGACGAUCUGCUGGGAAUUCUGGAGCUGGAGCUGACGCGGCUGCCCCACCCAGCCCGCAGCGCCCGCUUGUGCCGGGCCUCGCCGUCCGACCUGCCCUGCUUCUCCUGGCCCUGGCUGCUGCGGCGCUCGCCCCUGAACCUGUUCCGCAGGAGGAGGGCGCGGGGCUGGUGGCCCUGCACCAUGCAGGAGGACGGCGGCCGCCGGCGGCUCUCGGGGAAGCUGGAGCUCAGCCUGGAGCUGCUGUCGGCGCAGGAGGCCGAGGAGCGGCCGGUGGGGAAGGGCCGGGAGGAGCCCAACAAGCACCCGACGCUGCCCGAGCCCAGGCGCCCCAAGUCCUCGUUCCUGUGGCUGCGCUCGCCGCUGCGCCUCAUCCGCUACGGCGUCCGCUGGCGCUACCUGCUGUGGCUCGGCGUGGGGCUGGCGGCGCUCCUGCUGCUCCUGCUGCUCCAUUCCUUCUUCCCGGUCAGCACCGCCCCACGAGCGCGCCGCUGCCGCCCCCGAGCGCGCCCUGAGUGCCCCGUGUCCCCCCGCAGGGCUCCCUCACGGUCAAGGUGGCUGACCCGCGCCAGCUCCUGCCGGCCACGGAGCGCCGCGGGACGGCACGCUGAGGAGGAGCCGCCCGGUGGCCCGGUUUCCUGGCUCGGAACCCCGUCCUGAGCCGCUCUGGGUGUCCUCGGUGGGUUCUCCAGCCAGGAGGGGAUCGCUGGAGGAGCUGCCCAUGGGUGUUCCCUGCUAACAAAGCCGCGUCCCAGCAGCACCGGAGCAUCGUCC